AUGGUGGCCUAUAUGGCUUCUUUAAGUAAAGAAAAGGGCUUAGACAAGGUGAUUUAUUAUCUCCAUCCUUAUUUGUGCUUUGUCUUGAAUAUUUUUUCGAGAAUGUUGAAAGGUGAUAUUGAGAAUAUUGAUUUUAAUUAUCACCCUAAAUGUGGGCCGUUAAAGAUUACCCAUUCAGCAUUUGCCGACGAUUUGAUGCUCUUUGCUCGGGGUGAUUUCAUUUCAGUUAGGAUUUUGAUGAAUUGUCUUUCUAAGUUUGGAAAUGUAUCGGGACUUAGAAUUAACGCUAGCAAAUCUAGCUUGUAUACUGCGGGUAUUCAUGGGAAACAAAUGGAAGAUAUCAUUGCAAUGACCAACAUUCCUAGAGGUUCUAUGCCGUUUCAUUAUUUGUGUAUCUCACUUGCGGGCAAGAGACUAAAAAUCAGCUCAUAUGAAGUGCUUCUUGAUAAAAUUUCAAUGUACAUUUGUGCUUGGACAAGGUCUACACUUUCUUAUAUGGGUAGGGUGGAAUUGGGUAUUAAAAAGCUGUUGAUUGCUUGGAGUACCAUUUGCUUGCCGAAGGUGGAGGGUGGCCUUGGUUUUAGAGAUAUAAGAGGGAGGGAUAUUUUGGAGUGCACGACAAGGAAAAAUGAUUCUCCAUUGCUUAAAAAAAUGUUUGAAAUGAGGGAUACCAUUGCUGGGAAUGAUAGAAAUGGCCAGAUUGCUGGAAAUUUAAUGACAAACUGGAAUAAUGCUGUAAAAUUUUCUGUCCAAGCUGGCUGUCAUUUCUUUAGGCCGAAGGGGGAGGUGAGGUGCUGGACUAGGGAGGUUUGGAGACCAUUUAUCACUCCAAAACAUGCUUUUAUCCUAUGGUUGGGUGUUCAGUUGAAGCUACUUACAAAGGAUAGGUUGCCAUACCUUAACAUUGACAAAAAUUGUGCUUUUUGUGGGUCACAUUUUGAAAAUGGACAGUAUCUAUUUUUUCAAUGUUCAUUCACAUCUAGUAUAUGGAUGAGGAUUAAAGAUUGGAUGGGGAUUAGGAGAUCGAUGACUACAAUUCCAAAUGAGACUCCAGAGACUUGCCAGGCUUAUUACAGAAGGACGAUGAAUCCAAACCAUCAAUAG